AUGCGUCACAGUUCUGCCAAGUGUCUGGAGUACGUGAAGCAGCACGCGGAGCGCGGCAACCCGGCGUCCGUCAUUGCCACGAUCGACGAGUUCACGACCACGCACCACAUGAUGAACAUCGGGGAAGUGAAGGGCGCUGUCAUCGACGAGGAGAUCCGCAAGAAGAAGCCCGCUGUUAUGGCGGAGCUGGGGGCUUACACGGGCUACAGCACCGUGCGCUUUGCCAGCGUGCAACGCGAAGUUGCGGGCAAGGACUCGCACUACUACUCGUUCGAGUACUCGCCGGUGUUUGCGGCUCGCGUGCGUGAAAUGGUGGAGCUCGCGGGUUUGACGAACCAGGUGACGGUGUAUGUGGGCGCAUUCUCGGAGCAGUACGAGGCGCUUCGAGGCAAGACCGUCGAUCUCUACUUCAUUGACCACGAGAAGACCGUGUACUUGUCGGACCUGAAGCUGAUCCUCGGCAGCGGAACGUUGGCGCCGGGAUCUGUCAUCGCUGCAGACAACGUCGUGAGACCGGGUGCCCCGGACUAUCUGGAGUUCAUCGAGAACAACCCGCAGUUUUCUGCGGUGCGCCACACGAUUCACUGUGGGCGCGACCGCAAGCUGCUGCCGGACCUGUCGAUUGCUACUUUCCGCGGCUGA